AUGUCCCACGAUCAAGAUUUCUUUAUCGACGUCGAGCGGGAUAUCAUCGCACCCCUCCGAAGCCCGGGACUGGAGCCAGUCAACCCGGAGUACGGGCCACGGUCCAGCCCUGCACCUCUUGUACGUGUCGACGAACUAUCUUCUGAUUCCUCAGAAGCGGAGGAUUCGGAUACGCUGGGACGGCGGCAGAAGACUAUAGCACGGAAGGGUCGAGCAAACCGCACCUUUGCCGAUGGCGUACUGAUUCUUGCCUUAGAUCCCAAUCAACGUACACUUGCCAGCCAGGCACGGCGAGAGCCAUUAGACUCGAGGAGUCGGUCAGAAGAGGAGGACGAGGAGGACGAGGAGGAAGAUGGUGGCAGCGGCGACGAGGAUGACCAUGACGAUGGCGACAACAAUAAUGCCAUCCAAGAUGACCCGAGACAGAUGAGAGGGCCGACGCCGCAAACGGCCUUCGUCGUCGAUCCUGUUGGCCGUGACGACAUUGACGACGACGACGACUUUCCUAUGAUUGACAGUCCAGCCAGGGUGGCUGAAGAGCAUCCGGUACAGUCGCCUCCAGUGCCUCCACAAGCCAUCCACAAUCCCGAAAGGGAGGCUUCAGCUUCCAAUGCCGCGUCGAAUCAAGCAGAUCUACUGCGAAAGCAGUUCAACACAAUCCCACCCCCGAGGACUCGACCACUGUUUCCGAAUUUGCGGCUGAAUCUUGUUCCGAGCGUUCGCGACGGUGAUCAAGAUGACGACUCGAUACUGAAGUCACCUAUUCUCGGCAAGUAUGCAAUAUCGCCCCGGGAUGCCCAUCCGGAUUUCACCUUGCCAGCCAUGCAACAGAGGUCCCCUCCACGUUCCUCACCCGCUGGUAUACCGGAUUAUAGGACAACGCUCCCGUCGCUGAAGAUCGCCAUUGGCGAUUUCCCUGAACCAAGCCCAGGGGCAUUUGCCUGCCCGUCUCCAGGAAUAGGUCGAGCUCUAUCCGGCCAGUUUGUUUCCUACGCGUCCCCUGCUUCGUACUCUGCGUAUUCUGCCAUGUCCCCUCCGGAUCCUCCGUCUCAUACCAACUGGCGUACAGCGACUGGAAAUUCCAAUACGUCAACCUUUUCAGAUUAUACUUCGUCGACUUCCAUCUCCGCCUCAACCCCAGCCUCGUCUAUCAUCACGCCAUCCCCGGCAGCCUCAGGCUCUUCGUCGUUGGUCGUUCUCCCUGACAAAACUAAUGAGUAUCAAGAAGAGCACAGCGGGACGUGGCAAGUCUCCACCAUGGAGAUCGAUCCGACAUCUCCAGGUGAGGUUCGAUUUGUACCUCAGCCUCAGCCUCAGCAUGAAGUGGAUUCGAAACCUCAACCUCACCCUGCAGCACAAUUGAAGGUCCAAUAUCAACGCACUACCCGACCGCAAUCUCAUUCCAAAUCUGCAGCUCGAGCCCGACCCCAGGUCCAACUUCAGCCUCCUGCUGCGCCUGAACCACGACCACAACGCCGAUCUCAACCCGAAUCUCAAACUGAAGCUGAAUCCCAGGCUGGGUCCGUGACGGAAUCCGAGCUCUCGGAGCUCUCUGAUCUUGAAUCCGAACCUGAUUCAGAGCCCGAGCCUGCACCCAGACGGCAAUCUAGAUUGCAGCCUAAGCGUACAUCCGUGUCUCAACCGAUGACCCAACCCGAGGUUGGGCCCAAUGCCGUUGCAAUAGCUCGCUUUUCACUUGGCCCUUUUAAAUGCACUUACGAGGGAUGCAAUGCCGCACCAUUUCAGACCCAGUACUUGUUAAACAGCCAUAUGAAUGUUCAUUCUGACACCCGGACUCAUUUCUGUCCUGUCAAAGAUUGUCCUCGAGGGUACGGUGGCUUGGGCUUCAAGAGGAAGAACGAGAUGAUCAGGUGA